CACAAACAGACCGAUCGAGGAAAGAUAGCAUAGAGAGUUGUUCUGCCAUAUCCUAUAGCGAAUUCACAUUUUGUCCAAUCAAGAGGUUACGUCUUCACUAUGACCCAUGUGAACAGUGAUUCACCAGCGGCCAAAGGGAAAGCAACCUCCCAGGUGAAAUCCAGUGCAGAGGACUUCGGUGGGGACCUGACUGAGUUCACUUCCAAAUUCAUUUCUGCCGAGGAUCUGGAACGCAUGCAUCGUUCUUCAGAACCUCACAGACUUUUCACCCUUAGCUCACCAAGGCUUAAUUUGGACAUCAGGGCUGAGACUCUGAAGGUUGUGCGGGAUGCUGCAACAGGCCAAGAACAGGCUUUGAAGGUGGCCAUAGAAAGCAUGAGGAGAGAGAUGAAGCAAGUGAUGAGGAGCAGACAGGGGGAAAGAGAGAGGAAGUUAGCAGUCCUGCUGGAGGGUAGAGAGACGCGGGUCAUGGAAGUGGAGAAAUGGAGAAACGAGGGAAAAAAACAUCUCUCCCAUCAAAAAAGGGAAGAAGGAGAGUGUUUAAUGCUCAAAGACGCUAUUGCUCAGCUACCCAGGGUAAUACAUUCCCUGGACCGCAUGAGAAUGGUGGAGCUUGAGGAGUGGGUGAAGAAAGAGGAAGAAGAGGACAGCUUGGAGUGGGCAACGUGGAGGGAGCAAGUUUUACACUUGGACACCAUCACCAGGCAGCAGAGCAGAGACGCAGUGGCCAGAGUCGCUCAGCUCUGGAAUACAGCAGAAAAUGGAGAACGCCAGAACAUUAGUGCUGCAACACUGGCUCUGCCAUCCAAGCUCCCUCCUCUGCUGUCCAAGCUCCCUCAUCUGCCAUCACAACUCCCUCCUCUGCUCUCCAAGCUCCCUCAUCUGCCAUCACAACUCCCUCCUCUGCCAUCAAAACUAGCUCCUCUGCCAUCCAAGCUCCCCCCAUUUGAAUCCACCCCUUCUGAGAGCAUUCUGCAACCCAGUUGCCCCUCUGCCUCCCAUCCAGUGCAGGAGAAAACAAGAGGACCUAGACCUAGAGAGUGUUUCAGAACAUUCCACACAGGUGAAAGAACAUUCAGACCAUCAGAACCAUGUCAUACUCCUCACCAGUAUAACCCAGGAUAGGUAUAGAGUUUUAAGGUGUAUGUAAUCUACACAGAUGUUGGACAUAUUUUGGUGUCAGGCAGAAGUUGGACAAUAUUAGCCAAUUAGAAGUCCAGUCUGCCUGCUGCAGACAGUAAAUAUGUAGCUGAAGGAAAAGUAUUGCAGCAACCUAAUGACAGUCAAGCUCCUCUCUCUUUCUGUCUGUCUGUCUCUCUCUCUAUCUCUCUCUCACUCUCUCUCUCUCUCUUUGACAAAGAGUGCUGUGGCAGAGCAUUUGAUGGUGAAUCUUGAUGCUGAUGGUCAAAGUCCAGAGGCUACCAGCACAUUGUCCUCUGAGUCCCUAGCAGCAGGUGACAGCGUGGUAGAGCAGGAGAGGAAAAAGACGAGAAGCAUUAAAGAGAGGUUUUUUCAGUUCAUCAGGAAACUGAACUGCUGCAGUGCCAAAGAGGACUAGAAAGACCCAUCAACCCACUUUGAUCAUUUGUAUUAGUUUCAUUUUCAUAGCCACCAUAAAUAAAUCAUAAUCAAU